GUUACAAAAACUGAAAAAGAAAAAAACUUUAAUCUAUUAUGUUUUGAAAAUUUAUGUGGGUGCAAAUUUAUACAUUCUUAAAUUUUUGGAAUUAUGCAGUCAAUUAAAGAGAAGGUCUCGAAUCAGCUGUCUCGUAUUUUUGCUGAUUCACAUCAUCAUAAUUCUUCUCCUGAUAAUUCUCAGGCCAGGCCGGUAUCCGGCGAGGGCAAAUCGUAUUCUUCUUAUCUUCCUUUUAAUCUUCCUUCAUUGAACUUUGGUGGGUCUAAAGUAAAGAAGCAAGAACAUGAUUUAACGCCACUUCAAUCACUUCCUGUUAGAUGGGGUAGUAAAGGUUUUAAACACCAAGAGGAAUACUCGGUUAAGUAUCACGAAUGCAACACGAUAACUGAUGAUGAUUAUUUUGAGAAUUAUUGCAAAGAUGGUAAAGGAAGCGGUGCAGUUUCUGUCAGCAAAGGAACCGAUAAUACCAGUGGCGUCAAUGAGGAUGGUGAAUCUAGAAGGAGCAGUAGUGAUAGUGAUGUAUAUGAAGAAACGUGUGAACAGCAGACUCCGCAGAGCUCAUUACCUGAUCUCAUGGAAGAGUCGUCUUUUAUUUCGUUAGGAUUGUAUGAAUUUCUGCAGUCUUCCCUUCCUAAUUUAGUGAAGGGGUGUCAAUGGGCUUUGCUAUACAGUACGUUGAAGCAUGGUAUGUCGCUUCGGACGCUUAUUCGCAAGAGUGCUGACCUUUCUGGCCCUUGCUUGCUGAUUGCCGGUGAUAGACAAGGUGCCGUAUUUGGUGGUCUGCUCGAAUGUCCAUUGAAACCUACGCCUAAGCGAAAAUAUCAGGGGACACACCAGUCAUUUGUAUUCACAACUAUAUAUGGUGAACCAAGGCUUUUUAGACCAACUGGUGCCAACCGUUACUACUACAUGUGUUUAAAUGACUUACUAGCACUUGGAGGCGGUGGCAAUUUUGCCUUGUCCGUAGAUGGAGACUUGUUACAUGGAACUAGUGGAGCUUGUGAUACAUAUGGGAACGCAUGCCUCGCCCAUAAGCCGGAGUUUGAACUGAAAAAUGUUGAGCUAUGGGGAUUUACACAUUCAUCAAAAUACCUCACCUGAGACAAGGAGAUGAGUGCUUAUCAAGUAUUUGCAAUUUAUUCUUUAUUCAUUCUACUAUUGAGCAGUCCGUCCGACUGCAUCGUAUGGAAAGUACCCCGGAUGUAAAAAAAGGUGGCAGGGCAAUUAAAAAUUGAUACGAAUACGGAAAAAGAAAGAGGGACAUAAAUGUUCAACUCUAGUAUGAUUUUGGAAGAUAGCUUUUGUAUAUUGAUUUGAGGCAAAAGUUUUGAACUGAAUCUCACAUUUUGAGAGAUUUUCAAUCUUUAUUAUAAUUUAUAAGCAUAAACAUGAAUUCAGUUCCA